AUGAUAAAAAGGGUGGUCUUUGCGUAUAUUGAGGAUAAAAUCAUGCAAAGGAUUGGAUCAUGGAGCAAGAAGCUACUGUCACAGGCUGGAAAGGAGGUACUAUUGAAAAGUGUGGCUCAGACAAUGCCUACCUUUUCUAUGGGUGUCUUUCUAUUACCUAGUUCUACCUGUACUGCUAUUGAGAGAACAAUGAAUCGCUACUGGUGGGGUUCAGGCACAGACAUGGGAAUACACUGGAAAGCAUGUGAUAAGUUAUGCAUCCCCAAAAAAUAUGGAGGUAUGAGUUUUAAGGAUCUGAGAGCAUUUAAUUUGACAAUGUUGGGUAAACGGGCAUUGAGGUUACUUACUGAACCUGACUCAUUAGUGGCUCGUGUUUAUAAAGCCAGGUAUUAUCCUAAGGAGUCUUUUUACGAGGCAGGCAUGGGGAAUAAUCCUAGCUAUUGUUGGCGCAGUAUGGCAGAAAAUGAGCUAGUUUGUGGUGGGGUAAGACGACGAAUUGGAAAUGGAAACACUACCUUGGUAUGA